CGAAACACAACUUCUUGUUUUUGUUUACCAAAGUAAGCUAUGUUUUCAAAACGUUGAGGAAUAAGUGCGAGGUUUUAAAUACGAAAAGGUUAGGUGAUGCAACAAAGAGGCAUUUGGUAGAUGGUACAUAUUAAUCUUUAAUUGUCUAUCAGCAACCCCCCUUGUGUUCAGGAGGAACAACAGUAAAGACAGAAAUGCCUGAAGAAACAACAACAAAGGGAUAUUUAAAGAUGCAAUCUUUUUAUUGAAGUCAAACAAACAUGGAUUAGAGACAUUGUUAUAUAAAUCUUCACGUGUCAUUAAUGGACCCACACUAACACACACUGCACACACACAGAUGCACGUACACACAAACGAGUGAAACCGCAAUACAAUACAAUACAAUGCAAGGGAUUAUUCAUUGGAUUACUCUGGACACAGAUACGAGUUAUAUCAUGUGUUUAUAUGACCAUAUGUUAUUGUAAUAAAUGGCAACUAAGCACUUUUUUAUUCCGCUUUAAUGGCAGCAGAAUAAUAUGGAAUUAGACCUUCAACCCGCAGAAAACUGGAAGCGAAUUUAAUUUAAGAUAAUAUAAAUAUACUAAACGGCUUUAUUUCUGUGCGUAAAUGUUUGACUGGUCGCAGACGUGCGCAUUGACCAGCGCUCACCAGGACGCCGUGUGGCGGUUCCGGGUUCAGGUCUGGCGUCUGGCCUUUUACAUUUCAUGGUUGAAUCUGAACUCAGCAGCCAUGACAAACAUCGCACUUCCCAACGCGCACUGGUUACAGUUGUGUGCGCCAUCGUGUCCAACUUUUGAGUAUUACAUGAGUACAUUUCCAAUCGUAAAAAAUAAUUUUGCACAAUGUGAGUAAACUAUAGUCUAGACUAAUGAGUGACGUCAUGCUAUCCUUGUAGCUUGGCGAUGACAAAGCCAAGACUCGUUUAAAGUCAUAACACUUUACAGUUUCAUUUCUAUUUUCCUGUACAAUGCACGCAUAGUUAUCACACGUAAUAAGAAAUAUAAUAAUAGUAAUUUAUUUUAAAAUGUGGGCUCUGGUUAAACUCGAUUGGGUCAGUUAAACAUUUCCUAUUUGGGAAACACAGUGUAUAUAUCGUGGGGUUAUUUCCAGCAGAGUAUACGUCUACUAUAAUAUCAUUUUUAAACAUUCUUAUAAUUAGCUCCCUUAUGUUAAAGUUGGCAAUAGUUCAAUUCCCCUUUUCCUUCAACUCACUGGUCCACUCGGUAAAAGAAAAAGAAAAAAACUAAUUUUAAACAUCAAAACAUCAAUUACGCAUAUCAUCAUACAUGUCACACAAAAUAUAUAGUCCACAGCACAUCAAAAACAUCCAUGCAUUCACAUAUCAUUAAAAGUCAUCACAAUUACACGCAUCACCUUUUCUCAAAAAUACACAAUACACUCCUGCAAAUGGUGCAGCUUUAAAGAUUUACUUUUGCACCAUUCGGCCGUAUCCAGUCUGCAUAUGUGUAUUCAGCGUUCAGUAUUUAUGUCACAGUUAGUCUAAUUUGUGUUCACCGCGCGACUUCUCCGGUUACAUUAGUAUUGUAUUAUUCGCUGCAACAAGACAGAAGAGUUCAGACUUGUUUUGCAGCCUGCGAACUAACAAAUAUAUCGCAGGGCAAACGGCGAGCUUGUGCCAUGAGAUGCAACAGUAACUGGAUCCCUGUAAUGAAAUCUUUCAUUUGGUUAGUCAUUUAACGAACCUGUUCUGCCCUCAGCCUGCUUCUUCUUGUCUUCAGCCUUUCUGUUUAACAGGAAUUCUUGCACGUGCAUAAAAAGUGGUGGUGGUUUUAUGUUGAGGGAGGACCUCGGCUGCAUCCUUAUUAACGACACGUUUAUGAACAAUCAAAUGGUCCUCGUUAAAAUUUAUAGAUGAGCAUAAAAACAUGGACGGUCACUAGCCGGAUAUAACCCGCUGCAGUGGGCUGCUUGUCAAGAAAUCGUAUCCCCUCCUCUCUUAUCUCCGUGAAUGCAAGAGGAUAUGGUUGAUCUGUUGCGCCCUCGUUAAACGAUGCAAACUUAAUUGUUGUCGUAUCCUGCAUCCCAUAUUUCGAGUCCCUAUCUGGUCUGACCUAUUUGUAUCAACUGGGAUGGCGUCUCGUUCUAUCCACAAAUAAACAGACAUCUCCAGGAAGUUAUAAACCCUUUGACAGUAUCAAACGUGCUGAAGCUGCUUUGAUAAAGAUAAAAGACGUCAACGAUACAACACAAACACUUUAAUGCUGCAAUACUACCCAUUGCAAUAACACGGGGCUCCGGAUUUCGCCAGACAGAGAUUGAUUACACCAUCAAAUAGUGCCCUGCAUGCUCGCUUUGAGACGGAAUGUGCGCAGGUCUGUACUGCGACUAAAAGAAAGAUCCACCAUCACAAAGGCGCGUUUUCUGGAUAAAGAAACCUAUUUGCUGAAGUUACCUCUAAUAAGUCCCAGAGAAACGUCAAACGAGCUCAUUCUUUGAUCCGAUUUUUGUGCAUUGAGAUCCCAGGAUAAGUGGCGCAUUGAUCCACUGUACAAUUUUUGUGGGGGUAAAUAUAAUCACGUGUCAGUGAGUCAGCCAAUAGCAGCCAAGGAAGCGUUGAGAAAUAAUUACCUGCCUUGAUUGUUCUAUGGCUAGAUAAAAAAGUACACAUACACUCCAUAUAAUAAUCGGAUGCAUGUUAAAGAGUCAGGGAGGCUUCGACAUGUCGACCACGGGUCCCAUAAGUACUUAUUAUGUGGACUCCUUGAUCAACCAUGAAAACGAGGAUAUCCUUGCUGCAGCUCGGUUUUCGGCUCCCGGUUCGCACCCAGCCGGCCCACGUCCGACGUCCCUAAUACCGGAGUGUGCUGACUAUCCUUCCUGCAGCUUCGCACCCAAGCCACCCGUCUUCUCCACCACAUGGACCCCCGUACACUCCCAGUCAUCAGUGGUUUACCAUCCAUACAGUCACCAACCUCACUUAGGCACAGACUCGAGGUAUAUGCGGUCAUGGCUGGAGCCGAUAUCAGGCGCCGUGCCUUUCCAUGGCUAUCCGGGGAACAGCAGGCACUAUGGGCUGAAGACCGACGCCUUCCAGGAGCACAGAGCCGCGGAGUGCCUCGGCUCCAGCGGGCGGACCUACACGGAUUAUCUGUACUGCUCAUCCAGUGACAUGCGAGACAAGACGCAGCUGAAUAUCUCCUCUCCCGAGUCGGAGCUCCUGGCUACAGGGAAGCAUAAAGACGAGACGCCGGAGCUAGAUCCGAAUAACCCUGUGGCAAAUUGGAUACACGCUCGCUCCACGAGGAAGAAGCGAUGUCCGUACACAAAGUACCAGACUCUCGAAUUGGAAAAGGAGUUUUUGUUCAAUAUGUACCUCACUAGGGACCGCCGAUUCGAGGUCGCGAGGGUCCUGAAUCUGACCGAGAGGCAGGUCAAAAUCUGGUUUCAGAACCGGCGAAUGAAGAUGAAGAAAAUGAACAAAGAAAAGUCCGACAGGAAAGAACAAUAAUGUGGACUGCAGUCACACAACAACCACAAUAACCACCAUUCAAAAGGACAGCACGGAUGUACACCC